AAGACUCGAUUAUCUUUGCUCCCUCCUUAUUGUUGUUGUUUUCAAUCGGAAUUUCAAAUCGGAGAAAAAAAGUUGGAGGUUUACAUCGUUUGAUCGGUUUUGCGGAGGAAAUUGUGGUAUCGGUGGUGUUUUUGCUGUGAUUAAUGGCUGGGAUUUGCUGUGGUGUUGUCGGGGAGAGCGAAUCGGCGGCGCCAGUGGAGCCUAGCUCACGAGGCUCGCGUCGGAGGAAGUUGGAUCUGCUUCCGUCGAUCAAGAUAGUCGCCGUUUCGGCGGUUGCUCCGCCGCUGGAAAGCUUCCGGAAACGGCAAAAAUGCGGGACUCCGUCGCCGGCGGCAUCCUCGCCAUCUUCUUCUCCGUCGUCGAAACUGGACCCGGAGUCGAUAGAGAAGAGUAGGGACUCCGGGAGGUUGGAACGGUCGGUCUCGGGGACGGACCGGAGUAAGAAGUCUGAUCUCCCGCCGGUUACUGGUUUCGGCGUUGAAGUAGAGAACGGUUUCGUUUCCGAUGAGCCGAAGUUUGGUAUGACGUCGGUUUGUGGAAGGAGAAGAGAUAUGGAAGAUGCGGUGUCGAUUCACCCGUCCUUUCACCGGAUACACUCUGACGAUCUUCAUUUCUUCGGAGUAUUCGACGGCCAUGGCUGCUCUCACGUGGCUGAGAAGUGCAGAGAGCGGUUGCAUGAGAUAGUGAAGCAGGAGCUCGAAGUUUCCACGGCCGAGGAGUGGAAGGGGAUGAUGGUUAAAAGCUUCCUGAGAAUGGACAAGGAAGUCAGCCGGAAAAGCGCCAACAGAUUCAGCGGCGUGGAUCGGAGCACGAUCUCGUGUAGAUGCGACCUUCAGUCUCCUCAAUACGACGCCGUCGGAUCCACCGCCGCCGUCUCCAUCGUGACGCCGAAGAAGAUUAUCGUCUCCAACUGCGGUGACUCCCGCGUCGUUCUCUGCCGUAACGGCGUCGCCAUUCCUCUCUCUUCCGAUCACAAGCCGGAUCGACCCGACGAAUUGCUUCGGAUCCAACAAGCCGGAGGAAGAGUCAUCUACUGGGACGGGCCUAGGGUACUUGGUGUUUUAGCCAUGUCAAGAGCAAUCGGAGACAGCUACUUGAAGCCCUUCGUAAUUCCGGAUCCAGAGGUGACGGUAACGGAUCGUACGGACGAAGACGAGUGCUUGAUCAUAGCGAGCGACGGUCUGUGGGACGUGGUGCCGAACGAGACGGCGUGCGGCGUGGCUCGCAUGUGCCUACGUGGCGCAUCAGAGGAAGGCCACAAGGCGUGCUCCGAUGCAGCCCUUCUGCUGACGAAGCUCGCUCUUGCGAGGCAGAGCGCCGACAACGUCAGCGUUGUCGUCGUCGACUUGAGGAGAAAUCUUAGUGGGUCAUCGUCGUCGUAGUCGAAGACUUAGAGGAUGAAUCUAGUAUUUAUUUAGGAUUUAACUAGGAUUAAUAUUUACUAAUCAUAAUUUUCUGAAAGUUCCAAUUUUCGAAUUUAGUUUUAUCUAUAUUUCAAUUAUAAUCGCUCAUAAUUUUGGAGCAUAUGAAUUGGUGGGGGAGAAAAAAAAAACUCUCAUCAGGGAAAGGGAUGGAGGAGGAGGAGAAGAGCUAAUUAAUAUUAUAUGUAGAUGUGUAUAUAUGUGUGUAUAUAUAUAUUUAUAUAACUGUAUUUUAAUUUUAUGGUGCAAGUGUGCUCUGUAUUUUUUUUAUCGAAUAUUGUUGAAUUAAGUAGCGAAGGUUUAAAAAAAGAAGUUCGACGAGUUAAUAAUUA